CAAUGUUUUGCGGUUUUUAGUAAACGCGUUGAAGGUUUCUAUAAAUUCAAGAAUCUCUUUCUAUGUGAAUAUAUCAUAUAACACACAUCAUUCAAAUCUUCUUUGCUCUUUAUAUCACCUAUUAUGGGAUCUAUUUCGGGAAUGGAGUUCGAAUCUUCCCCAUCCCCAACUCCAGUUCAUGUAAUGCUCGUGUCGUUUCAAGGACAAGGCCACGUCAACCCUCUCCUUCGUCUCGGCAAGCUCAUUGCUUCGAAGGGAGCACUCGUCACCUUCGUCACCACUGAGCUUUGGGGAAAGAAAAUGAGACAAGCCAACAAGAUCGUCGACGGCGAGCUUAAACCGGUUGGUUCCGGUUCACUACGGUUUGAGUUCUUCGACGAAGAAUGGGCUGAUGACGAUGACCGGAGAGGCGAUUUCCUUCUAUACAUCUCGCACCUCGAACAGGUCGGGAAAAAAGAAGUGUCGAAGCUCGUGAGGAGGUACGAGGAAGCGAACGAGCCCGUGUCGUGUCUUAUCAAUAACCCGUUUAUCCCAUGGGUCUGCCACGUGGCGGAAGAGUUCAACAUUCCUUGCGCAGUCCUCUGGGUCCAGUCGUGCGCUUGUUUAUCCGCUUAUUACCAUUACCAAAACGGCACCGUUUCUUUCCCGACGGAGACAGAGCCCGAGCUCGACGUUAAGCUUCCUUGCGUCCCACGCUUGAAGCACGACGAGAUCCCUAGCUUUCUCCAUCCUUCUUCGCGGUUCGCCGGAUUCCGACAAGCGAUUCUCGGACAGUUCGAGAAUCUGAGCAAGUCCUUUUGCGUCCUCGUCGACUCCUUCGACGCUUUGGAACAAGAAGUGGUCGACUACAUGUCGAACCUCUGUCCGAUCAAAACCGUUGGACCGCUUUUCAAAGUGGCUAAGACGGUGACCUCUGAGGUAAGCGGUGACAUCUGCAAACCGGCGGAUCAAUGCCUCCAGUGGCUAGACUCGAGGCCUCGAUCGUCGGUUGUGUACAUCUCGUUCGGGACGGUUGCUUAUCUGAAGCAAGAACAGAUCGAGGAGAUUGCCCACGGAGUCUUGAAAGCCGGUUUAUCGUUCUUAUGGGUGUUUAGACCUCCACCGCAUGAUCUGAAGGUAGAGACUCAUGUCUUGCCGCAAGAGUUAAAAGAAGAGUGUGGGAGAGGUAACGGGAAGAUUGUGGAUUGGUGUCCACAAGAGCAAGUGUUAGCUCAUCCUUCAGUGGCGUGUUUCGUCACUCACUGUGGAUGGAACUCGACGAUGGAGGCAUUGUCUUUGGGAGUUCCGGUGGUUUGUUGUCCGCAAUGGGGAGAUCAAGUAACCGACGCGGUUUAUCUAAUUGAUGUUUUUAAGACGGGAGUGAGGCUUGGCCGUGGAGCGACGGAGGAGAGGGUUGUGCCGAGGGAAGAAGUGGCGGAGAAGCUUUUGGAAGCGACGGUUGGGGAGAAGGCGGAGGAGUUGAGGAAGAAUGCUUUGAAGUGGAAGGCGGAGGCGGAAGCGGCGGUGGCUCCAGGGGGGUCGUCGGAUAAGAAUUUCCGUGAGUUUGUGGAGAGGUUAGGCGUGGGAGCAUCCAAGGUUAAGGAGAACAGACAUUAAGACCAAAGUGUCAUUGUGUUCAGUUAUUUUUUUUUUUUGAAUUUUGCAUUAUUAGUGUUUCAUACUUUCAUCUCAUUCUUGGCAGUGUUCAAAAGUUUUUUUGUUCUGUAUUUGGUUUCUAUUUUGCAUUAUUAUGAGUGUUUCAUACUUUCAUUUCAGUCUUGGCAGUGUUCAAAAUUUUAUUUGUUCUGUAUUUGGUUUCUAUUUUGCAUUAUUAGUGAGUGUUUCAUACUUUCA